AGUUCAUUCCAAUGAAUCAGUCCAUUGAACAUUUCGUUCCUGUAUACAACUGUAUUGGAAAGAUGUUACUUUUGAAACGCAGGUUUCCUUUGACACAAACGCCCUUAAAAAGAUAUUCAAGUGCUUCAACCAUAUAUGCUCUUAGUUCAGCGUAUGGAAAAUGUGGUGUGUCAGUGAUUCGAGUGUCUGGGCCCCAAACCAGAAAAUGCCUCCGUAGUAUUAUUGGUAGUACAACGCUCAAGGAGCGGUUUGCACAUCUUAAAGCUUUGUAUCAUCCGAAAACAAAUGAGAUGAUUGAUAAAGCCUUAGUCUUAUGGUUCCCUGGACCAUCCUCUUUUACCGGUGAAGAUUGCUGUGAGUUUCAAGUUCAUGGAUCCCUUGCCGUAAUAUCAGCAAUGUUCGAUGCUUUAAGUCAAAUACCUGGCCUUAGACCAGCAAAGCCUGGCGAGUUUACGAAAAGGGCUUUUUUUGGAAAUAAACUGGAUCUCACAGAAGUUGAGGGUUUAGCAGAUUUGAUACAUGCCGAAACUGAAGCUCAAAGAAAACAGGCUUUGCAGCAAAGCAAUGGUUCUCUUUCCCGCCUAUAUGAUAAGUGGCGAAAAUGUUUAAUACGUUGUGCUGCACAUUUAGAAGCAUACAUAGAUUUUGGAGAAGACGAAAAUAUCGAAGAUGAUGUUAUUUUUCAACUAUCAAAAGAACUGAUAAACGUCCAGAAAGAAAUUAACGCGCAUUUGAAUGACCAAAGGCAGGGUGAAAUGCUCAGAGAUGGAGUUCGCACUUGUAUUAUUGGAGCACCAAAUGUGGGUAAGAGCAGUUUCCUAAAUAUUAUGUUCCAGAGAGACUUGGCCAUCGUGUCUCCCAUAGCUGGAACCACGCGCGAUCCUAUUGAGUCAACGUUAUCUUUUGGGGGGUAUCCAUUACGUAUUGUUGACACUGCAGGCCUUAGAGCAUUUACAAACGACAUCAUUGAGCAAAAAGGAAUACAAAAAACUAAAAAGUGUUUAGAAGACGCCGAUCUAGUUUUUUUAAUAACUGAUGCAGCGCAUUUUAGAGAAAAGAGUUCACUCAUUAGCAGCAACAUCGAUUCAUAUUGUAGUGAAUAUUUAAAGGAACUUGAUUUGAAUCAUGAGGAUAUCCUCAAAAAUAAGCGAGUGAUACUGAUUGUUAAUAAAAUAGAUUUGAUGUCAAGCGAUGAAAUUCAAGUGUUAACAAAUUUGCCGACGCUUAUUGGAAUAUCUUGUAAAGAUAAAUGCAACAUGAAAAAGUUUAUGGAUAACCUGGAAAAUAUUCUUAGAGAACUUUGUGGGUCUCCAUCGGCUGAAGCACCACGUCUAACACAUGCCCGAUAUCGUGUUCAUUUAGAGCGCUGUGUCGAUCAUAUUAGGGAAUAUCUUGAAGAAUAUUCGCCAGAUGUGUAUCCAGAUAUGGCUAUUUCCGCACUUAAACUAAGAAAUGCCAUUAAAGAUAUUGAACGAAUAACUGGCCACGUUAGUACCGACGAUAUUUUAGAUGUAGUAUUCAAAGAUUUCUGUAUAGGAAAAUAAAUUACGUCAGCCUAUUUAAACUUUUUUUUGGAAACUCUUCAAUCCUGCAAACAUGUGCACUAUUCAAAGUGCACCCACUAAAACCUUUGAUUUAAAUUUCGUCUGUCCAAAACAAGAAACCCUUAUAUUUACGCAUGUCACAGAGACGAAUUUCUGUCGAAAGAAUAAUUAAUUCCGUAAUUAAUUUCCGCAACAAACAUUUUUUCGAAAUGAAAACACAUUUGAUUUUGCUAGUGCAAUUGUGUUUUUAAGAAAACUUGUAAUUUUAAUUACUUUUUAAACUCUGCAAUAACAAAAUUCUGUUUAAAAACAAGUACACACAAAAUUUACAUUAUUUUUUACCUUUAAAAAUCACAAAUUUUAAUUAUUUCUCAAUUGACGAAACCAAUUACGCAUAUUAUGAAAUAAUAAUUAACGUUUUAAUCAUGUACGGGAAAAUACAGAAAUGUAUUUAUAAGUUAAAAUUAAACUUGUUUCUUAUGUGCACAGUCUCCGAAUUUGGAAUGCGUGACGGAAUUUGGAACAAAACUUAAUUUGACAAAUUAUAUUGAAAUCGGUUCAGAUAUAGAUCCCAUAUAAAUUUUCGGCCGAUUUCAUGCACCAAACACGCUAUGUAUCUCUAAUUUUAGUAGAAUGUGUAACGAAAUGUAGAACGAAUAUAAAUUUGUCAAAUUAUA